UUGACCUACUUUUCCAAAGAAACGUGAUGGAGGCAAUGGAGAAUGGCUGCAAGCAGCUUGGUUACACUAUUCUGAGCUUUGGAGAAGCAGAAGAGGUUGUGGCAUUUUCCGAAGUGGGAUCCGAGGAUGCUGUUCUGGCAGCUCUGCAGUUUGUAGCAAAGCGCUGCAAGGAGCCCAUAGAUAGCAUCAUUACGCAGGAAGAAGCCCCGCUGACCCCGUGUCUGGUGCAGGAUGAAGGAUUUGCACUGCACAUCGACAAGCAACUAGUGUUUCAAGUCUCCUCGCUGCUUUCGGGAGUAGCCUGCCUCUUUGCAUCCUUUUGGGUGUUUCAUGUGGAAUACCCACGAAAGGCGCACAAAAUGUUAACAUUCAUAGAACAUGCAUUUCUGAACUUAACGCACACAAAGCCGCGUGUCAAAGCUCUUCAACUAAUCAAUUUUUUCAGAGGCCAUGCAGACUCCCUGGAAGAGCCAUAGGCUACUAACCAGUGGCCACACUCAAGGCCUAAAAAACUUCUUUGCAGCCGAUUCUUGUGUAGAGUUUCACAGCCCAAAUGAUGAUUUGGUCCAAGGGCUGGGCAAUCUGAUGUGUUAGGAAGCAGAAAUGCCAACUUCGCAGCUGCAAAGUUAUCCAGUGCGAUGUGCGCCGAUGCAUUUAGUAUAACUGCAAUUC